CCUAUUCAUGGAAGCGUUUCUGGCCCGACCGGAUCUCCUUUAGCCAAAGCACAUGGGUGUCUGAUGGUGUUGGCCUGGGUGUGCUUCUCCAGCGUUGGCAUAAUUAUUGCCCGUUACUACAAGGAAUUAUGGCCCAACUCGGGCCUCAUUGGCGAGCGUGUUUGGUUUCAAUUGCAUCGCCUCUUUAUGCUCAUCUGCGUUGGCCUCAACAUACUCGGUAUAAUCCUUGCAUUUGCCUUCUGUAACGGCUACUCUAGGGUUACGGCCUAUCCAAACUAUAUUCAUCCUAUACUUGGCCUGAUCGUUUUCAUUUUGUCCUUGAUCAAUCCAUUCGUGACACUUUGUCGCUGUUACUCAGGUGAUCCUAAUAGACCUUGGUUCAAUUGGAUCCAUUUUUUAAUUGGGGCUAUUGCACACGUGCUGGCUGUUCCCACAAUGAUGCUCGGAUUUCGUAUGCCUGGCGCUGGGAUGCAAUUAACAUCGAUUGCAUAUCCACUUUGGAUAUUGAUCCUGUUCAUUAUCUUUGUAUUCUGUAUCGAAAUCAUUCUAGAAGUACAUGGCUGCAUCUACUACCGGAGAAAUAAAGGUAAGCAAAUAAUAUGA